AGCUCAAACAAAUAAAAUGAAAGCUGGACUGGACCGCAUCUUCUCACACCCGCUGUGCUAUGAACAUACACUCUGCGUCGUCUUCACUAACCAUUGUUUUUAGUAAGAGAAAAGGCGAACUGGGCUCAUUGCUAAAGGGGCAAUCGAUGAAGACGUAAAAGGUGCUUGAGCACGAAAAUUAGAACGGGUUGCAAAGAAAGUCACUUGAAAAAAAAAUCUUAAGCCAUUCUCCUGCCACGACAAAUACGACGAAAAUGCAUUAUACAUUAUUGUCUCCGAGCAUGGUUACUUUGUGAAAAGAAGGUUUUAAAAUUUCCGCACUGUCUGUGGCUGUUACCUUAACAAAGAAUGAACUAUGAUCAAACUCAGCCACUAUCACAGGAAAGGAGGUUGGAGGUGGAGGUUUUGAAAUAACAGCUGAAACAAGUUCUCCGUUUUGUAUAUCCGCUAUUCAAAAGUGGAUCUGUCCAUUAUCAUUAAGGGAUGGUGUUGCUGCUUUGAUCAAGAAACGCAGGAGCUGGGUUAACAGCCGUUCAAAGCAAAAAAAAAAAAAAGGCGUAUAUAUUUGCAGUGUUCAUCCCACCGUUGUCGAAAGGGGAAAGGACAAGCGAACUACACAUGGGGCUGUUAGUGGUCAACAAUAACCAGAAUGCUUCCCUCGAAGAGGAAACAAUAGGAGCUUGCGAUUUCUAGACUCAUUCUGCUGGGAUUCUUCACGCUUAGUGCUUUUUCCACGUGAAGAAAGUGGGUUCCUUUCCACCACAGAAGGCAUUGGAAGGUGACGGUGAGUCUGUGGGGAUCACAAUAGUAGGAACUACUCCAAAAGAAAAAGCAGAAGGUCAUCGCCUGUCUUUUGUUCACGAUGAGAAAAAGCAGAAGUGUUCUGACAGUGUCACCAAAUGAUGACAAUAAAGAUCCUCCAGACUGUGGCCUUAGCGAGUCGUAUACCUCGCCCACUUGCACCCUGGGAGUUGACCUCCGAAGAGGCCGGAGGCGCCAUUCGGGAAAUCUGCAGCUGCCUCCUUUGUCCUGGAGACAAGCAGAGAGGGCUCGGACCCCGGAUGAGGAUAUCAUAACCAGGCCUACCACUCUGCCUUUUAUCGUCCCGCCCAGAAUAGACAUCACGCCUGUGGAUCCUGAGUGCUUUGAUGUUGAAAAUGGCCCUUCACCAAGUCGCAGUCCUUUGGAUCCCCAGGCUAGCCCAGGCUCGGGGCUUGUCCUGCACACCAACUUCCCUGGGCACAGCCAGCGCCGCGAAUCCUUCCUGUACCGCUCCGACAGCGACUAUGACCUCUCUCCCAAAUCCAUGUCCAGGAACUCGUCCAUCGCCAGUGAACUACAUGGAGAUGACCUGAUAGUCACACCUUUUGCUCAGGUACUUGCAAGUCUUCGUAGCGUAAGAAACAACUUCACUGUCCUCACCAAUGUACAGUGUGCCUCAAACAAGAGGUCUCCUGCAGCAAGUCAGCCACCUGUCACAAGAGUGUGCCUGCCAGAAGACUCUUAUCAAAAACUGGCGAUGGAAACGAUGGAAGAGUUGGACUGGUGCUUAGACCAGCUUGAAACCAUACAAACUUACCGAUCUGUCAGCGAGAUGGCCUCUAAUAAGUUCAAGAGAAUGUUGAAUCGGGAGCUGACCCACCUGUCAGAGAUGAGCCGGUCAGGCAACCAGGUGUCUGAGUUCAUUUCCAACACCUUCCUAGACAAGCAGAACGAUGUGGAAAUCCCUUCGCCUACAUCGAAGGCCAGAGAGAAGAAGAAAAAGCAGCAGCUCAUGACGCAGAUCAGUGGGGUGAAGAAACUGACUCACGGCUCCAGCCUGACCAACUGCAGCAUUUCAAGAUUUGGAGUGAAAACAGACCAGGAGGACUUUCUUUCAAAGGAACUAGAAGAUCUGAACAAGUGGGGCCUUAAUAUUUUCAAAGUCUCGGAAUAUUCACAUCACAGACCUCUCACGUGCAUAAUGUAUGCCAUUUUUCAGGAAAGAGACUUGCUGAAGACUUUCAAGAUUCCUGUAGACACGUUUGUGACCUACAUGAUGACCUUAGAAGACCAUUACCACUCGGACGUGGCGUAUCAUAACAGCCUCCACGCUGCUGAUGUAGCUCAGUCAACCCACAUUCUUCUCUCAACACCGGCUUUAGAUGCAGUUUUCACGGAUCUGGAAAUCCUUGCUGCAAUCUUUGCUGCUGCCAUUCAUGACGUGGAUCACCCAGGUGUCUCCAAUCAAUUCUUGAUUAAUACCAACUCUGAGCUGGCCUUGAUGUACAAUGAUGAAUCAGUGUUGGAAAACCACCAUCUUGCAGUGGGUUUUAAACUGCUCCAGGAGGACAACUGUGACAUCUUCCAGAACCUGAACAAGAAACAGCGGCAAUCAUUAAGAAAAAUGGUCAUUGAUAUGGUAUUGGCAACUGACAUGUCCAAGCACAUGAGCUUACUGGCAGACUUGAAGACCAUGGUGGAGACUAAGAAAGUCACAAGUUCGGGAGUUCUGUUGCUUGACAACUACACAGAUAGAAUACAGGUGCUCCGUAACAUGGUGCACUGCGCAGACCUCAGCAAUCCCACCAAAUCUCUGGAGCUGUACAGACAGUGGACUGACAGGAUCAUGGAAGAGUUUUUCCACCAGGGUGACAAAGAGAGGGAAAGAGGAAUGGAGAUCAGUCCUAUGUGUGACAAGCACACAGCUUCAGUGGAGAAGUCACAGGUUGGGUUUAUUGACUACAUUGUCCACCCUCUUUGGGAGACUUGGGCAGAUCUUGUCCACCCAGAUGCACAAGACAUUCUGGACACGUUAGAAGACAACAGGAACUGGUAUCAGAGCAUGAUUCCCCAAAGCCCUUCCCCUCCCUUUUAUGAGCAGGACAAAGACAAUCAUGGCACUGGAGACAAGUUUCAGUUUGAACUGACGUUGGAGGAAGAGGACUCUGAGGGGACAGAGAAAGAUGAAAACAGCCAGGGGGAGGACAGUAUCAGCAAUGCCAAGUCUCCUUUGGGAUACGAGGAUUGCCUGGAAAUGGAGGGGCAGAUGGGAGCCACACACAUAGAGAUAGUUACACACGAUGCGUCACCAGUGGACACAUAAUAUUAGCCACGAGCUUACGGGGUCAUUGUAUUUGCAGAUUGUUUGAAGGAGAAAUCCUACAAUCUCGCUUUUAAAGCCUGGGGCUAACUUUGGUAAGGAGGAGGAUUCCUCGAACUUGCAUUUGGAGUCGAGGUUCGUCAGACAAGCGGAAAGAUGAAGGAGCUCUCAGGAAUUUUCUUCAGAAAAAUGGACCUGAUUAUCAAGCAAUGUUUUGUUACAAACAGACAUGGUAUUGAAGGAUUGGGGCCAACUAGGAAUGUUUACUGGACAAGCAUUGAAAUGCUGACACUACUGAGAGAUUUUUGUACCAUCAUUUUUUGUAAUAGAAUGUCAAGAGGUAGCAAAUGAACUACUGAUAUACAGUACAGGUAUUUGUAAAGCAAAUCGUUAACUUUUCUGUAACAUCUGUCUAAGGACUUUGUGUGCCUUUUUUACAAUUUUGUCUUUUUAAAGUUUUUUUUUAAUUUAUUAAAUGCAAUUUAUUAAUAGUCGUAAAAAGUUUUUCUAAAAACAGAAAGCUCAAGAGAAGAAUCUUUUUUUUCUCAGAUUAAGAGAAUGCAAAGUCUUCCUUCUUCCUGACAUUGGGCAAUAUCUGACCUUACAAAAACACUGGCUUCUUGAACAGGCUGUCACAACAGAUCAUUUAUUCCCACAGAAGAGCUGCUUUGGACAUCUAUGUGUUAGUCACUCAUCCCAGGUGGAUAUUAUGUUUUAGUUUGAACACAGUUUUAAUUUUGAUACAUAAUAAAAUUAUUCGAAUAAGUAUUUACUCACCUCCCACUAGAUGAUAAAACAAUACAUCCUUGUAUAUCACACAAUCCACUGUAAAAUAAAAAUGGACAGAUGCUUAUAACAUGUAACUAAAAGGUAUUAUUUAAGCUUUGUACCCUAUUUUAAUCACAUUAUUGUUUUAUCUGUAUAUAUAUUUAAGAGUACAUUUCAUUAUUUAAAAUACAGUGUUCACCCGUGAACACAAAUCACAAAUCAGUUGAAAUCCUGAUAAUGAUCCAACAUUUUAACACAGAAGACAAAAAAAUUGGUGUUAAUGUACUAUUAUAAUAUAUAUUAUAAAAGUACUUUGGGAGUGUAUGAGGUUAUUGCUUCAUAUACAUUUUACUAAAUCAUUACGCAGGUCAGAAAUAUUUUACAUGAGAAGCAUUCAUUUCUACUUUAUGUAUUAUCAAAGUUUUAAAAUAAUCAUUAUGUGACAUUUGAAUCUUAGUAAAAUAAAUAUUUCUAAUUAUAAAUUAUACUAAAUGUGUUUAAACCUCCACUAGUACCAUUAAACUCCUUAGGUCUUAAAAUAAUGUUUCCCUGCAGAAUUAUUAAACCGUUUUAUGUUCAAGACAUCAGACUGACCUAACACCUUUAUAUGAGAUCAGUCUGAGAUGAUCGAUUUAUCAAGUUUGAUCAAUUUAUCAAAAGCAUUUUUUCGUUUUGAAAACAAAAUCGGGUGUCACUUCUGUCUGUGUGACUGUCUCAUUGUCAGGAUUUGAUUUGAAUACACUAUCCAAAACUUUAUAACAAUCUGUUGCAACAAACAAAACACUACCAAAAAUGACUGAUGUACUGUGUGAUAAUGUACUAGUCAAAAAGUUAGAGAUAUUGAAAUAUCCUGGUAUGGGCUGGCAUUACCAACAUAACCUAAGCUUUGUCUGGAUUUAAACUAUAUUGGGAACUAGCUCCUAUAUAUACAUAUAUACAUGUAUAUAUACACACAUGAAGUACUGUAUGUAAAUUCCCUGAUCUGAGGUUCAUUUAGUACUUUUAUAAAUAUGAUAAAUCAAUUUGUUUUGUAGUGGUGAAAAGGUAGUCUUUUCCCUUGUGAGUGUCCUCAGAGGUACUUAAACUGCAAUAUCUUCUACCUUUCAGAUUAUUACAUGUCGUGACAGGUCUAGUCUAGUUUAGUUUAUUUAAAAACAUUGCCAGAAAUACAUUAACACACGGGCAUAUUUUGUAUGUUUCGGUCAUAUUUAUCGUAUGUUUCAGCUUGAAGGAUAAAUAUCUUAGUUGCACCAUCCCUUGUUCUGCAUUGCACCUGAGCUCGUGUUGGUCCUUUGCUGUUUAUAACAGUGUAUUUAUUACUUUUGUGUACAUAAUAUAAUGUUAAUUGUAAAUUAAUUUUAAUUUAUAUGCAUUAACAUUGCCUGGAUGGGGUAGUGUUAAGGUGUAGAAGACUCCUUGUUAGAGUCGAGGUUUUUUCCAGUAAUAUUUUUUGAUUUUUAUUGCACAACUUUGAGAGCCCUGAACAGUAGCUAAAAGAGACAUACGGAACCCAUGGGUGACACGAAGGACUUGUGGAUCUGCAAUGAAUAUGAAAAACUGACUCGGUGAAUUCUCUGUAUUCUGACGUCAUAUAAAAAGUAUUUCAACGCUUGCAGGACCUUAACUCUAAUUAUACCGCAUUUUGAAUGCAGAUUGCUGAUAAAGUUUCAGACAAACAAGGUUCAAGGAACAAAAAAAUGUCUCCAUUAAAAACACUUUAUGUUAAUUAGAUUAAGGGAGAUAUUGAUGGCAUGUUACAAUCUCUCUAAACACCAAUGUGAAUUGAUAUGAAUUACAAAAUGUGAUCUUAUGUAAUUAUUGUGCUAAUGUGAACUAUUUUCUGACCAAACUUGUUAGCAGUUUUGAAAUUCAAAUUGUCCGUAUAACAUUGUAAUCUAUGUUAAGCUUUUGGUCCAAAUUGUGUCCAAAUGGUUAGCCAGAAUAGCACUAUCUGCAUGACCAAUGGGUUUGUAUGUCUGUUGAACACUGCAUUGUUCCAGGUGGAUAUUUUAAUGUUUUCAAGCGUUUCACACAAUGUAUGGUAUAGUAUUGUAUAUUGUGUUCAACAAAAUCUUAAAUACUUUUCUAUGAAGUGAUUAAAAGGAAGCAUGAAUAUAUUUA